AUGCACUCCCAACUAGUCAUCGCGGCCCUGGCCGCCUCCGUCUCUGCCAACAUCUUCCCGGCGCACGUCCCAAUCAGGCGUGACCUCCUGGUCGCUCGUCAGACCGACUCCUCUACAUCUCCUUCCGCUACCUCGGGCGGCGCCUCUGAUGAAGAAUGCCAAGCAGAGCUCUUGUCCAUCGCCACCGCUCUACCCAUCCCCGACGAUGACCUGUUGAACUGGGAGGAGUCGCAGACCGACACGGACCCGUGCUCGAUCACCGAUGUCCCAUCCUCCCUCACCAGCCAGUACAGCAGCUACACCGAUGCCGUCCUCUCAUGGUAUUCGGCCAGCAGCUCCGAGCUGCUCAGCGCCCUGUCAGCGUGCCCGCAGUACGCGGACGCCGCCUCCGAGGUCCAGGUCUGCACCUCCAGCCUCAGUGCCGAGGCCACCGCCACCGGCUCCGGCUCCUCGGCUUCAGCUACGGGCGGUUCUUCUGCGACAGGCUCCGCAUCCGGAGCGUCUGGCUCCUCUACCGGCACGGCCACCAAGUCUGCAUCGUCUGGCUCCACCAGCUCAGCUACCGGCUCUGCAUCCUCAUCAGCAGCGACGGCGGGUGCCCCGAUGCGCGAGGUCGGAAUUAUGGGUGCUGUUCUGGCCGGUGUUCUUGGCGCUGCUGUCGCCCUCUAA